UUAAACAAAACCUUCAUACCUCACACCUCAAAAACUAACAUUCCAUUCCACUAAAAUAAUGAUAAUUAUAACAUUAUUAUUUUCCUUACGCCCUUCUUUCUUUCCAUUUUUGGUUUGAAGCUGUUCACUUCUUCUUAAAAAACAAUGGGAGAUUCUUCUUGUCUCUUGCAUGGUUUCUCUUAUGCUUCUGCUGUACCAAAUGAAUCCAAACAGGGGAAUCACAUGCAUGCUUUAGGUGAAUCCAUUUCAUUUGGGAGGUUCACAGCAGAUUCCCUGUCAUGGGAGAGAUGGUCCACAUUCCCUCACAAGAAAUACGUGGAGGAGGCCGAGAGCUACGCGAAGCCGGGCUCUGUCGCGCAAAAGAAGGCCUUCUUCGAGGCUCAUUACAAGAGGAUUGCAGCUCAAAGGGCUGCUGCUGCAGCUCUUCUUGAGCAAGAAAAUGCUGCUUCAACUCAAAAUGAGAGUGUUGGUUUGAAGGAUGAUGGUGGUGAUCAUGAGGAGGGAGGGGUUUCCUUGAACCCUCCACCGGAUUUAGCCAAUUGGGGAAGUGUGAAUGUCAAGACUCUUGAUGUGAAGGGAGAUGAUGGAGGAGUGAGAAUAAGCAAUGGAGGAGUUUCCUUGAACCCUCCACCGGAUUUAGCCGAUUGGGGAAGUGGGAAUGUGAAGACUCCUGAUGUGAAGGGAGAUGGAGUGAGAAUCAGCAAUGGAUGGAGAGAGAGUGGUGUGGUGAGAAGAAAUCAAGUGUCAAAGCAGCCUUCAGUUAGAAGAAGUAAUCUUGAAAAUUGUGCUGCAGUUUCUGCUGCUUCAGAGAGUAGUGAGACUUCUUCACAGAUAGAGAAGCCAUUGCUAAAGAACAAAAAUGUUGAUAGUGAGGAAGUGUCAUCAGGGAUGAUUAGCAAGAGAAGAACAGGCCUUCCUUCAAUGAAGACGUCUGCUCAUCACAAGCCGCGAAGAAUCCCGUCCACGCCUGCAAAGGCCAUGACUCCACAACUCAAUAGAGAGAGCAAUGCCAAUCGCAGCACGAGGAAGCCCAAUGUGGACGCAUUGGAUGGGAGACGAUCGUCUCCAAAGUCGUUGCGUGCCUUGCUAAGCUUGGGCUCUUUCCGGGAGGCUGAAAAAGAGCCGGUUUUCAAGAACAAGGGGACUGAAAGCUUGGGCCUUGCACACAGUUCCACUAGAACGACUGGAGAAUGCCCGACUCCUUUCAAGACACCUGCUCCGGCAUCUACUAAGAGUAGGGUGUCUUCAUAUCCUGCAGUAGCCACCCCUCAAACGGAGAAUAGAAGGAAGAAAACACCAGAUCCCUCAGCCUCAGGGAGAAAAACAACUGGUCCUAAAUGGCACAUCUUGUCUGCUGUCUGCACGAAGUCGUUGUCGGCCUACAGGAACAAACUACAGUCACCACCUGUAUCCACUCCAUUCAUGCUGAGAACUGAAGAAAGAGCUGCAAAGAGAAAACAGAAACUUGAGGAGAAAUUCAAUGCAACGGAGGUGCAGAAGACGCAGCAAAAGACAUUAAAGGAGAAAGCAGGAAAUGAGUUUAGAAAACUAAGCUGUAGCCUUUGCUUCAAAGCUCGUCCCUUGCCCGACUUCUACAAGGAAAGAGAACCUCCAAAUUAUCAGACGAAAAAGCCUCCAGCAGUGCAACCACAGACAGCAGUACUAGGAAGAAGUGUCUCAAACAAGAAGCACGGCACCAUCUCAAUGCCGCCUCCUCCUCCACCACCGAGAAUCAUAGCCAAGAGCAGUGUUUCCAAGAAUUUAUCAAGAAAGAAAGUUAUCAACCAAAGCAAAUUUCUCAGUACUUCACUACCUGAAAGAAUGGCACAUGAAAAUGCUUCUCCAAAUAUCCAGCAGUGAUCAGUGGAUAUGCUGUGCAUAAAUUCUUUUUCAUGAUCAAAUUCAAUUUGUCAUUGUUUAAUGUGGGAGAUGUAAUCUUUACAUAUAUAUAAAACUGUGUUUGUGUGUGAUC